GGGGUGGAGCUUGGAGCCACGGCUUUGUGACUGAGGGUGAGAGUCACAGAUCCGUGUCUGCUCCCUGUUAAAUGCAGCCUCCUCCCCACCCGCUCUCCCGGGCUCUGUGCGGCUCGGAGCCUGAGGGCGGGGAACGAGCGGCCCUGGGUCUGUGAGGAAAUAGCAGCGGCUUCUCAAUGAGUGAGAGGCCGGAGCGGCCCGAACUGGGGCCCUGAUGAUGAGCGCGGCCUGAGUUGAUUUCAGAUGAUUUCAGGAAGAGAGGAAUCCCAUGCACUUGGAGAACGUUCUUUAGGAAGGAAUUCUUCAUAUCCUGGUUUGUUGGCACAGACUCCUGGUCACCUGCAUUCUGCAAUGGAGGCUUUGCCUAUUCAUCCAUCUUCGCUAAAUGCAGGAGCAGGUCUUUGUGGGACUGAUACAGAGCUGCAGAAAAUGUUAAUUGAUGAGCGAAUGAGAUGUGAACAUCACAAAACCAACUAUCAGACACUGAAGGUUGAACACACAAGGUUGCAGGAUGAAUACACAAAAGCUCAGCAUGAAUUAAAACGGCUACACAUGGAUAAACAAAGCACCCAGGAGAAAUUCCAACUUCUGCUAGCUGAAAUGCAUGGGGAAUUAUUAGACAAAACAAGGGAGCAAGAAGAACUGAAAAUGCAGGUAUUAACACCCCAAAAGCUGGAGCUACUAAAAGCACAAAUCCAACAAGAGCUGGAGGCACCUAUGAGAGAACGCUUCAGGACACAAGAGGAGGAAACUGAAAAGUACAGAGCAGAAUACAAUAAGUUGCGUUACGAAUACACUUUCCUAAAAUCAGAACUCGAGCAUCAAAAGGAAGAGCACGAGCGACUCAUGGAUGAGAAAGUGAUCCGAUUUGAAGCUGAGACACACGAGGCCAAACCCCUACCCAAAUAUUGCAUCAGUGACGUGAGGCUGGUGGGCAGGAGCCAAGGACGUGCAGGAAUGGUGGCUGGCAGUCAGGUUGCUAGACUGGAAGCAGACAAAGAGGCUCUACAUGACCAGAUAAUGAGUAUUGAUCCCACUAGAGAUAGUAAACGUGUGGAAGCACUCUUGAGGGAAAAGGCUCAACUCUGUCAGAAGGUCAAGAGCCUGGAGGCUGAGGUUGCAGAGCUGCGGGCUGAGAGAGAGAAUUCUGGCAUGCAAGCUGAAAAUGUACAGCGAAUUCAAGUGCGACAGUUAGUUGAAAGCCAAACUGUCAUUAAAUCUUUGGAGGCAGAGAAGCAGUCGAUUAAACUACAGCAGGAACGUUUGGAGAAGGAACUGCAGCUAGUUCUUGAACAGAAUACUCAACUGACCAGCAAGUUGUACAAGGCAGAACGAGAGGUUAAUGCUUUGUCCAGUAAACUUGAAGAAUGCAAACAUUCUUAUAAACUGGAAGUUACAAACAUCAAACUAGAAGCAGCGAGAACCAAAGGGGAAGUUGAGAGAGAGAGAGAUAACAUGCAAAGUCAAAUAAAUGGGUUGCAAUCAGAUAUUGAGAUUCUUAAGGCCAAUAUUGAAAGACACAAAGAGCUCUUGACAGAAAAGGAAAGAGAGCUAAUUCGGAAAGUUCAGGCAGCUAAAGAGGAAGAUUUCCAGAAACUUACAGCACUCCAAGAUGAAAAGUUAGAGCUGGAGAAUAAAGUUGCUGACCUAGAAAGACUGAAGGCUGAGCAGGACAUAACAUUUCAUGCUGAACAAGAGCAUAUGGAAGAGAAGCUGAAAGCCGUACAGUUAGUAGAAGAGGCAUCCAAGCGGGAGAUCCAGAACCUCAGGCUGGUGGAAGACAGACGCAUAGAGUGGGCGGAAGAGAAACAUAAGUUGCAGAAUCGUAAUGGAGAACUGGAGGAAAAGUACUGCCAGGCCAAAGACCGUCUGCAGCGUGCUGCUUUAGCUCAGAAGAAGAGGAAAAUACUAAAUGAAAGUAAACAGAAAAGAUUGCAGGAAAAAGUACAACUGCUGGAGGCAAAGAAAGAAGAACUAGAAAUUGAGAAACACACAUACAAACAAAAUGUUCCCUAUGAAAAUCAUGCGAGGCUUCAGAAAAGAUUAAAGGAUUUACAGCGUAGACAUAACGAAUUUCGAAGACUCAUUUUGGGACCAAAUUUUUCAGCUGCUGGCCUGUGUAAUACAACCAAUUUUCUAUCAUCUACCUUGGUGCAAGGCACAGAAGCAACAUUUGUAAAUAUUCAGGAAGAACAGCACCAAAGAGAGCUGUGUCUGCUCCGCAAGCGAUUAGAGGAACUCGAGACUAAUCAGAAGCAGCAGUUACAGGAACUUGGUGCUCUCGAUUGAUCUGAUGUUCAUGGAGAAAAGUAAAGUGGAUAAAUGAGUAUUAUGGAAUUUCUACAGAAGACCAGAUACAAUUUUAUUGUACAAAAGCAUUGCAAAUGCAAGAAUGUUCUCUAUUUGUCUGUGGUGAUGUGUGUGACUGUUCUGGAUGCAUUUUAAAAAUAACUUUCAGAUGCUUUGCCAGCUUUCUUUAUUUUUUUACAACUACUGAAUUAUGUUGUGGUAUGUCUGUAAAUAUUUGCAUUAAUUAAGCUGCAUGCACAGACUCUAGGGUCUGUGUUCUGUGUUUAAUAUGUAUUGGCACACAGCGUAGAAAGCCCUUGCCAAGAACAGGAGCAGCAGUGGUAUUGAGUCGUUAUACUCUCCUUGCAUUUUUUGAUACAUAAUUGUUCCAAAUUUGACACUUUAAUAUGUCUAAUUUAUUAUGAACUUAUGUCAAAUAAUUUUUUAACAUGUUUGUCAUUCAUGAUUUUAAUUUGGCCUUUUUUAAAAUAAAUUAUUUCUAAUUCUCUGAUAACUAUUUUUGUACAAUUCAAAUAUUUAAUUACUUGAAAUGACUAUACAUUGACUUUGGAACAAACACUUGUUGAUCAUUGAUAUUUCAAUACUUGUCAAAUAAACACUUUGUAUUGUA